AUGUUUUUAUCAAGAGGCUCAGUUGCGACUCUACGCAAGUCGGCAACGAGCGCGUCACGCAGCCUUCUACGAUGCCGACGGGGCUUACUUACUCUCGCGAUCGAAUCAUCAUGUGACGACACAUCAGUCGCGAUCGUUGAGAAGAAGAGCGAUAAAUCGACUGGAGACCAGGCGAAAAUCCACUUCCUCGAAAAUAUCACCGCCGACUCUCGAGCUCACCGUGGCAUUCACCCGAUCCUCGCGCUCGAGUCCCAUCAAGAGAACCUCGCCGAUCUUAUCAAUAAGGCUCUCCAGAGUCUACCGGUUUCGAAUGGCGAUGUCAAUUCAAUAAGACUCGCUGAUGGAUCAAGCCGCCAGCGGCCGGACUUUAUUUCUGCUACUAGAGGCCCCGGCAUGCGUUCCAACUUGUCGGUCGGACUGGAUACGGGGAAAGCCCUUUCUGUUGCGUGGCAGAUUCCCAUGGUUGGAGUCCACCAUAUGCAAGCGCAUUUGCUCGAAUUCACCAAACGUCACAUCACCGCAAUUCCCGUUCCUGUCCAUCCUCGUUUCGGGGGUCAUUCGAUCAUUGUUCACUCCAAGUCCCUCACGGACCACAAAAUCAUGGCAUCUAGCGACGAUAUCGCCAUGGGCGAGACACUGGAUAAAGCAGCCCGAGAGAUCAUACCCCCGACUCUGCUUGAGCAGGCCAAAACGACCAUGUACGGCAAGACCCUGGAGCAAUUCGUUUUCCCCAAUGGUCCGGCCGAUUUUGCGGAUUACAGACCCCCGAUGACCCGCGGGGAGGAGGUGGUUAAACGCAAAAGCCAGUGGGGAUGGAGUGUCACGACACCAUUCGCGAACACCAGGGCAUUGCAGCUCAGUUUCUCCUCUGUCGCAAGCAUGGUUGGCAAAAUUAUCAAAGAUAAGAAUGGCUGCUUAUCCGAUGAAGAACGGGUCGAUUUAGGCAGAGAAGCUAUGCGUGUCUGCUUCGAGCAUCUUUCGUCCCGCACGAUCAUCGCCCUCGAGGCUCUCCGUCUCAGACAUCAAGAUGAAGAGGAGAUCAAGACUCUCGUCGUGAGUGGAGGUGUCGCAGCUAACAAGUUCCUUAUGCACGUUCUGCGAUCAUUCCUGGAUGUCCGUGGAUUUGAACAUAUGAAGAUUGUCGCUCCGCCUCCGUACUUGUGUACUGACAAUGCGGCUAUGAUUGGAUGGGCGGGCAUCGAGAUGUUUGAGGCUGGGUGGCGGACUAAUUUGAGCUGUCGCGCUCUCCGCAAGUGGACUCUUGAUCCGCAGGCCGAAGAUGGUGGAGUCCUGGGGCCUAGUGGGUGGGUUCGAGAUGGAUCGUCCGUGUAA